AUGAGGGCUCUGCAGAGAGCAGGAUCCAACUUGAGCAUACUAGGUAUACAACUUUUUUACUCUGUAUUUGAGCAUACAACUUACGGUAGGUACAGAACUACCUUACGCCAUUUUAUUUAGAUUUACCAUCUACAUGGUUAUGAUUUUUCACUUUACGAACAGGUCAAUAACAUUUUUAUCAUCUUCUACUACACGAAACCGAAUUUAUAUAUUACUUGUACUUGUAGGGCAUCUAAAUCUAUUGCUAUGUGUCCUACCAUCUCCAACAUCAGGCAACGCGAAUAUUGGACGCAGAAUAUCAGUUUUGGAUACAGUGGAAAUUGGAAGCUCACUCUCAGUGAGAUCAGCGUCGAGAAUCGGCACACGAACAUCCGUCCUGGAUCUCCUACACUUAGGUAUAAGAACUUACGGCUCUUCUACAACACUUAGGUGCAAUUUAUGUUUCUUCGACAAAUGGGUACAACUUGCUUGUCCCCACAUCACAACUUCCGUCGUGUUCGCCCGUUGAUUUACUUGAAGAUUAGAAUUAGUCCCCUUUCUUGAAAUCAAUAAGUUUUUCAUUCAUCUCCAUCUCACUUUAUUUGGCUCCAUUUGUUUCUUCAUCAUAAUAUACAACACAGGUUCCAGCGUUUCGUUGAGAGCAUGUUCACGGUUAGGAAGUUCUAUCAGCGUUCGCGGCAACUUCCAGCAAGGAGGCGCCAUCAGCAUCGUCGAUCAAGUUCGGCUCAGCUCAUCCUUAUCAAUACGUGGACCUGGUAUGAUUGUUACUUACUUUUAGUACUGUUAGUUACUUACUACUUUGCUUUUUCUACUUAUGUCCGCUCCACCGCAACUAUUUGAUACUUACUACUAUUAUUUCUUACUACUUCUACACUUAGUACUACUAUCAUGAUGAUGCCAAUAUGAUUUCAUUGCUACAGCAACAACUUUGAUGAACUUCCAUUCAUUAGUAAUUGGAGACACAACAAGUACACGCACAACAACAAGAACUUCUAUCGAGAACUACUUCUAUUCGAGAACUACUUCUAUAAUCGAUUAUCUUCAUAAACCUUUGGUACAACAAGUACAUGCACAUGAUCAUCCUCACCAGGUCGUCUGCGCCAUCGCGUGAGCGUAUUUGACCUCCUCAAUAUCGGAAGCAGUGUCUCCAUCCGCCAAUUCGUCCGACUCGGCAGCAGUGUCUCGGUAUUUUUUUGGAUAUUCUGAAAGUUGCAACGGCAAGUUAGUUGUAAGUAGUGCCUGCACUAACAACUAAGUGUAUAAUUUACAUCGAUCUUCAUUUCAUGACAGAUACUAGGUGGUCCACAGCACAUAUCAAUUUGUCAUUUAAUCUUAACCAUAGGUAUCUGGGAGCCCAUUACUGCCACGUGUAGCGGAUUUGUCAGUCGCGCAGUUCACCAAGUUGGGAAGUUCUCUUUCCGUCCGCUCCUUCGGACGGUGUCGGUCGACAUGCAGUGUCCUAGAGCAUGUGCAUCUUGGCUCAACUGUCUCUAUGAGAGCCAUUGUCAGGUACUUCAAUUUAUUUUAGAAGGUUUUUGUUACCGAAGAGUAGUUGGAGUUCACAAUAAAAAUUGAAUACUAGUAAUUUAGAAUAAGUCAUCAACUUCUUGUUCUACAAAAAAUAAUCAAAAUGUUCUCAAUCUCAUCUACUAUUGCAUUAGUCCGGUCUUGUAGUACAACCACCAGCACAUCCUUCCUUUAUUUCCUCCCUUUAUUGGGAAAUACUGUGAGCUUCUCAACAUCAUGAUCAAGAUCGUGAAAAUCAAUGCUUAAAACUCUUUGGAUAAGUAAAAAAAAAUCUUGGCAUGUUCCUCUUUCCUCGAACUAUCAGGUUGAGUUCCAGCGUCAGCGUGGCGUCUUCUGUGAGAUGCGGUACUGCUGGUUCCGCGGAUAGACAACUUACUAGUGUCUUGGGCUUCGCGCAAUUAGGCAGCACUUUGUCCUUGCGCUCCCACGCUUCGUUGCCGGGUCUUCGCGGUUGCAGUGUCUUCAAUUUCUUGCAGAUCGGCAGUUCCUUUUCGGUCCGCGGGAUGGCGAGGGUGGGCAGCAGUUGCUCCUUCUACGGCAACGUGCGGGCUGGCGGUUCUCUGUCGCUCCACGCGCUGUCGACGUUGGCCUCCUCGUUGAGCAUCAGAAGCUUCUGCAAGCUCGGUUCGCGACUCAGUGUCCUGGAUCACCUUUCCUUAGGCAGCUCGCUGUCCACGAGAGGACGAAGGUUCGGCGUCGCGUCGCGCGCGUCCGUGUUGGACUUCGUCAAUGUGGGCAGCGGGAUUAGUCUGCGGUCCUUCCUGCGGCUGGGCUCGAGCCUGUCGGCGCAGAGCUCCGUUCGCCUGGGCCUUACCGCGAACGUGCGCGAAGUGUACAUUGGCGACAACAAGAUCCGCUACUCGUCUCAGUCCGGCGCCAGCGAGAACAACGCGCUGCACACGUUGACGGACGAAAGUUCGGCACCGGCGUUGAAGCUGCUGGUUAACAGCGGCAACGACGUCGCGAUCGCGAUGGAGUAUGGGAGUGGAACUCCCACGGGCACGGCCAGUGCAGUCACUGGCGCAUGGGGCCACCUGAAGGGCACGUGGACAGUGGAGAAUUCUCUCACGACCUCCGAUCGCAGGCUCAAGCAAAACAUCAAGCCGCUUUUCCGCGAACUGCAGGAGUUGCAGGGAACAAGUAGUAGAGGCGGCGUGCUGACAAGUAGAAGUAAAACGACGCAAGUACACCAACAUGCGGCAACUACAUCGGCAAAUAGCACAAAGACGAGAGACCCAGAGGAGGUACUACUUAUACAUAGAUACAACUUCUACUGCUACUUGCUGUACUAGUGUAUAGAACUCGUGGUCGAAUAUUAGAUGAGCAGAAAUCUAAAUCAUGAUCAUCAUCAUCAAAUAUUCUUGUGAGGACUCAUAAUGAAAAGGAACAAGCAGAAACAAAGAUCAUCAGGCCUUCUGCUGCUCUCCUAAUGAUCCCAUACUCCUCAUAGAAUCGUGACCAACACCACUUUGACCAGGUUAUUUCUUCGUCCGAUGCAGAAGAUGAGGUAGGAAUUUUGUUGAUUCGCAAGCUGAGACCUGUGAGCUUCCACUACAAAGAUGGUGUGGAGAGCAAGUUAUCGCGCUUCGGUUUCGUUGCUCAGGAGGUGGAAACGGUUCUGCCAGCACUAGUAUCGCAAGCCCCGAGUGGCUACAAGGUGCUCAACUUGAAGGACUUGAUCGCGGUUCUCACUCUGGGACUCCAAAAUCUAGAGACAAAGACUUCUUCAGUUGCAGCAGGAAGUUUGGAAGCAAAGAUUUCAAACCUUGCAACUACCGUGGAUGCAGACGACAAGAGUCUGAAGACUCGACUCGUCCGUUUACUCGAAGACGUGAAGACGGAACUAGAACACGAGGACCCUUCACGAGAAGUAGAAGACCCUGUCCAUGGAAAGAACAGUAGUCCUCGUGGAAAGAACAGUAGUCCUCGUGGAGAGAACAACUCAACUUCUUCUAGCUCUACUAUGUCCACAUCUGCGCCGUCUACAGGCUCGCUGACCACGACGUUAGACGUGGAAUCAGAGGAAGCCGCUGCUUGGAUGCCGUUAUUGGAGCGGCUGCUUCGAGAAGCUGACAUCCAGCUGGUCCAAAGAUGAUGUUGUGUUUUCUGACAAGAGGAUAGGUUGUACAACGAUCAUCAAAAUCCUGAUGAAGAAUUAUUAUAGUCUCUUGAUGAAACAAAAGUAGAAUGUGUAGAAGUUGUAUAAUGAAAAAUCACCCAGGAUAAUUCUAUUAACAACAAGAGGAGUAACUAGUACCUGCUAGUCCUGCUCCUACUAGUAGAUUUGUUGAACUAGAACUAAUACAUGAAUUGCUCACUAUGAAAUAUCGUUCUUUUUAACGUUCACAACGACAGUAAAAAGUUUUCGUUAACAGUAAGAAGUUUUCGCUUUCAACAAGAGUUAAAGUUAUAGAGAUAUUAGACAAUAUUAGAGAAACAAGAGCAACAGAUGAGAUGGUGAUGAAGGGUGGUUAAUAGCAUGAUGAGUAACAUCAACAUUAAACCGCCAAGGCUUGUGUCUACUUAGAUAGGGGACGAUGAAUCCCGUAGGGGACACCCAGGAAAACUACAUUAAUAAGUAGGGUUAAUAGCGAGAAAAUAUUCUUAUAAUCUUCGUAAAAGCUUACAGGUAUUGAAUCUUUGUCUCCAAUGAAUUAGAGCGAGACCCGAUAAUAGAAGUACAAGUCUACUCAGAAAAAACCAGACCACAAGAACAAGUAAGUUGUUCAGUCCAACGAACUAUGAGUACAACAACUAUGAACGUCCUGAUCAACAAAGGGUUUUCUUCUUGGUGUCGUUCAUUCUGAAUUUACCGAAUUAUUUGAUUAGACCUCGUAACUCGCAGUCUUCAUCGCAUUACUACAAAUACAGCUCCGUUGGUUUACGAACACAACUCCUGUGAGAGUUGAGAGCAGCAUUCUGAGAUGAGCAUAAUUCCAGAAAAUCAGACUUCAUAGCUACUUCUCCUUUCGAAGUCGACCUGGACCACACAUGCGCCUGUUGCACAUAGUGUACCUGUUGCGCAUAGUGUCUCCUGUGGCACAUAGGUUGCACAUGUGCAGUCCGACGUCGCUUCUCCCGGUGGGUGGCGCCAUCUGCGAGCGGCAUCGUCGUCGUGCUUAUGUUGACACCAAGAGUGAAGUGCUAUGCUAGUUGUAUGUUGUGUGACUUGAAUAUUGACCAAUCUUAUUCUAUCAGCAAAAUAUCGAACACAAUCUUAAUCCUAGUAAUCGGCCAUAAUAUUAUACCGCAAGGGCAAGAUGAAAUAGAAGAUCAAGAUCAUAUCAAUGUCAAACUACUUGUUCCAUGAUUAUUAUUAAUGUUUAUGAAUUAAUAAUUAGUAAAAGAAUAUUAUCUCAACAUGGGUUGUACCUGGACACCCCCGAUAUUAUUAUUUACAGAAGUGUCACCAAGGGCAAGGGUCCUCUGCGUUCGCGAACUCAUUCUCCAGCGCGGUUAGACGACGAGUACUAUCGUUCUAAAUAAGAUGACAAUAAAGGGAAUUGAAUUAUAACAGUGUCACUGCCUUGUUGAAGAGACGUCCAGUCUAACUUGAAAAAAUCUGCAAGUAGCGGCAUUUUUCGAGGAUUCAUUAUACAAGAAAAUUCUCUAGUUAAAAUCAUUAUCCAACAUUAUCCAUCAUUAUUAUCCUAAAACUAAUAUUGUUCAUCAAUCGUGAUUAAAGUUAAAGAUACCAACUAUUAUAUUCUACUAAAAGCGUUCGUGGUGAUAUGCAAGAAUCUUCUUCGAUAGAAAUUGCUGGAUCAUGAAGAAGAGCAGGAAGCUGGAUGCGAAAUUUUCUACAGGAGUUAUGUUGAUCGAGCAAGAGGUAGAGGAGCAGAACAAGUGUUAGUUUCAUCGACAAACAGUCAACAACAAUCAAUUCAUCUUGAAGCAUUCUUCAUAACUGAGUUUCAUAACUGAGUUUGUUAUCGUCCAGAUAUGUUGUUGUUGAAGGUGGAAAAGGUCGAGGUCGUGAAGAUUUUAAUUGUUUUAGAAGAUUUCGAAGAUUAAUCCUUUUGUCGUCGUGUAGUGCAAGAGAAGUGUUGUGAAU